AUGAAUGAUGAUAAAAAGCCCCCCCAAAAAAGGAAACCGGGGGAAGAUGACACGCUUUUUGAUAUUGAUUUCUUAGAAGAUACUGUUCCUCCCUCUGGGUCCCAUUCAAAGAUUACCAGCUCCCACACUAGUGCGAAUCAUGUGCCACCGAGCCAUAUAUUUCCCGAAGAAACCAUUGAUUUAGAUGCUGAUGAUAACAUUGAAAACGAUAUACAUGAAAAUCCAUUUAUGAGUAACAAUGACGAUGAUGGAAUGUCAUGGAAUGCCAAUAGAUUUGACUCUAAUGCAUAUCAACCUCAUCCGCUGAGUGCGGGAAAACCUGCCGGUUUUUUUACUAGGUUUGGGAAUGGCCUCAAAAACGCCUUUACAUUCAAAAGGAAGAAAGGCCCUGAGAGUUUCGAAAUGAACCACUAUAAUCCGGUGACCAAUAAUGAAUUAGAUGAUAGCUAUUUGAAUUCGAGGAAUAAGUUUAACAUUAAGAUCCUUUUUAACCGGUAUAUUCUAAGAAAAAAUGCUAGUGACGCAGAGGGCAACGGAGAACCAAGAGUCAUUUAUCUUAACGACCCCUCGUCCAAUUCCUCGUUUGGUUAUAGCGAUAAUCAUAUAUCCACCACCAAGUAUAACUUUGCCACUUUUUUACCUAAGUUUUUAUUCCAAGAAUUCUCCAAGUAUGCCAAUCUGUUUUUCUUAUGUACAUCCGCCAUUCAACAGGUGCCCCAUGUCUCACCAACCAACAGAUACACAACCAUUGGUACUUUGCUAGUAGUGUUAAUUGUCUCUGCGAUGAAAGAAUGUAUCGAGGAUAUCAAGAGAGCCAGUUCCGAUAACGAAUUAAACAAUUCUACAGCAGAAAUAUUUUCAGAAGCACAAGAUGACUUUAUUGAGAAAAGAUGGAUCGAUAUUCGUGUCGGCGACAUAAUAAGAGUAAAGUCUGAGGAACCUAUUCCCGCUGAUACCAUUGUUUUAUCGUCCUCGGAACCGGAAGGUCUCUGCUACAUAGAAACUGCCAAUUUGGAUGGUGAAACAAAUUUAAAGAUCAAACAAUCAAGAGUGGAAACUGCAAAGUUUAUUGAUGCCCGAACAUUGAAGAAUAUGAAGGGAAAAAUUGCUUCUGAACAGCCAAACUCCAGCUUGUAUACAUAUGAAGGUACCAUGACAUUGAAUGAUUGCCAAAUACCGUUAUCACCAGAGCAAAUGAUUUUAAGAGGUGCAACUUUAAGAAAUACCGCUUGGAUAUUUGGUUUAGUUAUCUUCACUGGUCAUGAGACCAAACUAAUGCGUAAUGCUACUGCAACACCCAUCAAGAGGACCGCGGUUGAGAAAAUUAUCAACAGGCAAAUUAUUGCAUUAUUUGCAGUCUUAGUCGUGCUUAUUUUGAUCUCGUCUAUUGGUAACGUUAUCAUGUCUACUGCAGAUGCCAAACAUUUAUCUUAUCUCUACCUGGAGGGAACCAAUAAAGCUGGGUUAUUCUUUAGAGAUUUUUUAACAUUUUGGAUUUUGUUCUCCAAUUUGGUCCCCAUCUCUUUAUUUGUUACAGUUGAAUUGAUCAAAUAUUAUCAAGCUUUUAUGAUAGGUUCGGAUUUAGAUUUAUAUUAUGAGGAAACUGAUACCCCAACUGUUGUUCGUACGUCCUCUUUGGUUGAAGAACUUGGUCAGAUUGAAUACAUCUUUAGUGACAAAACAGGAACGUUAACUAGAAACAUCAUGGAAUUCAAAUCUUGUUCUAUUGCAGGCCACUGUUAUAUUGAUAAAAUACCUGAAGACAAAACAGCUGCUAUGGAAGAUGGGAUUGAAGUUGGUUUUAGAAAAUUUGACGAUUUGAAGAAAAAAUUAAAUGAUCCCUCUGACGAGGAUUCACCUAUCAUCAAUGAUUUCCUGACAUUAUUAGCUACCUGCCACACUGUCAUUCCAGAGUUCCAAAGUGAUGGCUCUAUUAAAUAUCAAGCGGCUUCUCCUGACGAGGGUGCUCUUGUUGAAGGUGGUGCGGAUUUAGGGUAUAAGUUCAUCAUUCGUAAACCAAAUUCCGUAACAGUGCUAGUAGAGGAAACCGGCGAGGAGAGAGAAUAUCAAUUAUUAAACAUCUGCGAGUUUAAUUCCACUAGAAAGAGAAUGAGUGCCAUAUUUAGAUUUCCGGAUGGUUCAAUAAAGUUGUUUUGUAAAGGUGCAGAUACUGUCAUCUUGGAAAGAUUGGAUGAUGAAGGUAACGAAUUUGUGGAAGCUACAAUGAGACAUUUGGAAGAUUAUGCAUCUGAAGGUUUGAGGACUCUGUGUUUGGCCAUGAGAGAUAUCUCUGAGGGAGAAUAUGAGGAAUGGAAUAAUAUUUACAACAAAGCCGCCACGACACUAGAUAACAGAGCUGAAAAGCUAGACGAAGCCGCAGACCUAAUUGAGAAAAAUUUGAAUUUAAUUGGUGCAACUGCUAUUGAGGAUAAAUUACAGGAUGGUGUUCCAGAGACCAUUCGCACAUUACAAGAAGCGGGUAUCAAAAUUUGGGUUUUAACUGGCGAUAAACAAGAAACUGCUGUCAAUAUUGGUAUGAGUUGCCGGUUACUGAGCGAAGAUAUGAAUUUGUUGAUUAUCAACGAGGAAACCAAAGAGGACACUGAAAGAAAUUUGUUAGAGAAGAUCAAUGCUCUCAAUGAGCAUCAAUUAUCAACACAUGAUAUGAACACUUUGGCACUUGUCAUUGAUGGUAAAUCACUGGGCUUCGCUCUGGAACCAGAAUUGGAAGAUUAUUUGUUGACUGUAGCAAAACUUUGUAAAGCAGUUAUAUGUUGUCGUGUAUCCCCAUUACAAAAGGCUCUGGUUGUUAAAAUGGUAAAGAGAAAGUCCUCUUCGCUGUUGCUAGCGAUUGGUGAUGGUGCUAACGAUGUUAGUAUGAUUCAAGCCGCACAUGUCGGUGUCGGUAUUAGUGGUAUGGAAGGUAUGCAAGCUGCUCGGUCGGCUGAUAUAGCUGUGGGCCAAUUUAAAUUCUUAAAGAAAUUACUGCUGGUUCACGGUUCGUGGUCCUAUCAAAGAAUUUCCGUCGCAAUCCUAUAUUCAUUUUACAAAAAUACAGCCUUAUACAUGACACAGUUUUGGUACGUUUUUGCAAACGCAUUUUCCGGCCAAUCUAUUAUGGAAUCGUGGACGAUGAGUUUCUAUAACUUAUUUUUCACUGUUUGGCCCCCUUUUGUUAUUGGUGUCUUUGAUCAAUUCGUUAGUAGUAGAUUACUUGAGCGUUACCCACAAUUAUACAAAUUGGGACAAAAGGGCCAAUUCUUCUCUGUCUACAUCUUUUGGGGAUGGAUCAUAAAUGGAUUUUUUCAUUCUGCGAUAGUGUUUAUCGGCACCAUAUUGAUUUAUAGAUAUGGAUUUGCCUUAAAUAUGCACGGUGAACUGGCUGAUCAUUGGUCUUGGGGUGUAACUGUCUAUACCACAAGUGUCAUUAUAGUACUGGGGAAAGCUGCCUUGGUGACUAACCAAUGGACAAAAUUCACUUUAAUUGCCAUUCCUGGAUCCCUUUUAUUUUGGUUAAUAUUCUUCCCAAUUUAUGCUUCUAUUUUUCCUCAUGCAAACAUCUCAAGAGAGUAUUAUGGUGUGGUUAAACACACAUAUGGGUCCGGUGUAUUUUGGCUGAGUUUGAUCGUUUUACCGGUUUUUGCUCUAGUCAGAGACUUUCUAUGGAAGUAUUAUAAAAGAAUGUACGUGCCGGAAACUUAUCACGUUAUUCAAGAAAUGCAAAAGUAUAAUAUAAGUGAUUCAAGGCCGCACGUUCAGCAAUUCCAAAAUGCCAUCAGGAAAGUGAGACAAGUGCAAAGAAUGAAAAAACAAAGAGGGUUUGCCUUUUCACAGGCUGAAGAAGGCGGUCAGGAAAAAAUCAUCAGAAUGUAUGAUACCACUCAAAAGAGAGGUAAGUACGGUGAAUUGCAAGAUGCUUCUGCAAACCCAUUUAGUGAUAAUAAUGGACUCGAAAGCAAUGGCUUGGAAAGCGCAGGUCCCUCUAUUGAAAAUCCUUUUGCUGAUGAUACUCAAAGUGUCAAUAAAGUCAAUUCUUCAAGAGAUGAUUUUUCAUUUGAUUUAUGA